AUGAAGAUUAUUUUACUCUUCCUGUCCUUCAUAGUCAGAAGUAGUCAGCUGUCGCUGAGUGACUGCGGAUCGGAAGCCAGACGGCCGCAGUUUAACGACAUCGCCGUGACUUGCGGCACCUCGUCCAUCGGUCUGGCCAUCCAGAUGUGCCCCGUCAUCUACACAGGCUACAACGAGACUCUGCUGAUCCUGAACCACAUGAUGGGCUCGGCCUGUCGAGCCACCCUGGAUGAGUCCGUGUCUCCACCCGUGGCUCGGUUCAACUUCCCCCUGAACAUGACCCACGCCUGUGGAAGCAUCUUCAGGACCACCAGCGCCGCCGGGACCGGCAUCUUCUCCGACUUUUCCAACAUCCAGACGGUGAACGUCAGCGGCAUCGUUCGCUCGGUCGAUCCCACCACCGGCACCAUCACCUACAACGCCGAGCUGAAGUACUACUACUCCUGCGCCUACCCGCUAGAAUACCUGAUCAACAACACCCAGGUGGACGUGUCGGCCUCCUCCAUUUCGGUCAAGGACAACAACGGUAGUUUCAUCAGCACUUUGAGCAUGGAGCUGUUCGCCGACGCCAACUACACCAGACCCAUGGUCAUCCCCGAGCUGGGCAUCGAGCUGAGGACGGACGUCUUCGUGGAGGUGAAAGCCACCAACUUGACGGGCCAGUACCACGUCCUGCUGGACCGGUGCUACGCCUCCAUCUCGCCUCUGCCUUCCAACUCCAGUUUCUUCAACCUCUUCGUGCCCUGCUCCAAAGAUCAGCUCACCACCAUGAUUGAGAAUGGAGACAGCCAGAGCGCCCGCUUUAAGUUCCCGGCGUUCCGCUUCAUCGAGCAGCAGAACCAGACCGUGUCCACCUACUUCCUGCACUGCAUCACCCGUCUGUGCGAGAGGAGCACCUGCAGCACCUUCAAGCAGUGCAACCGCCGGAGGAAGAGGAGCUCCUUCGACACGUCGGUGGAGGGGAUAACCCAGACCUACACCCUGACCUCCCCGAGGAUCAUCACCAGGGCCGAGAGCACCGAGUCCAAAGAGAAGCCCCUCAUUGCGGAGGAGGAGGCGGAUUCUGCCGCGGGGCUCGGUGCCGCCGUCGGCGUCCUGGCCUUUGCCUGUCUAGUCGCCCUUUGUGUUGCAGCCUUGUUUUACAAAAGGCUCAGGAACUAA